CAGCGGAGGAGCAUCUAGAGUUUAUGGCCCCAAGCUAACGAGGUUGCAGAGCAAAGAGGGAUUUCACGACUCAGUUUCAUAUUUUUAAGAGCAUGACAAUAUUUCCUGGAAAUAUCUCUUGAAAGAAUUUCAGUUUUUAUAAAAAUUACAUUAGUAUUGCACCAAUGCGAAGAACUUUUCAUUUGGAUAUAGUGGAGCGCAACCCGACUACAACGGAAGCGGCGGAGGCAGGUACAGGCUAGGCCAUUCUCGUUCCUUAGACACCCAAUCAAGCUGCAAAUAUGAUGAAGAAAUUGUUCUCUGGCGGGGGCAAUGACAAAAGUAGCUGGGUUGGAAAAUCGUUGCAUGUUGGCAGACACCAAUGUGUGAUUGAGGAGAUCAUUGCAGAAGGAGGCUUUGCAUUGGUCUUUCUUGUUAAAACUUCUGUUGGCCAAAGAUAUGCUCUGAAAAGAGUUUCGGUAAAUGAGAUGAAGAACCUUGAGAUGUGUCAACGGGAGAUUGAAGUUUUGAAAAUAAUAUCUGGUCACAAAAACACAAUUGGUUAUGUAGACUCCACUGUCAAUGUUCUUUCUCCUGGAAUUUAUGAAGUCUUAAUUCUUAUGGAAUAUUGCAAAGCUGGCCAUGUGGUUCAGUUGAUGAACGAGUGCUUGCAGACAGGUUUCACCGAGAAAAUGGUGCUGAAAAUAUUUUGUGACGUAUGUGAGGCAGUUGCAUAUCUGCAUGGUAAUAAUCCACCUAUUAUCCACAGGGAUCUUAAAGUUGAAAAUGUUUUGCGAAAACAAGCAGGACAUUUUGUUUUGUGUGAUUAUGGGAGUACACACUUUGGCUUCAUAGAUCCAAAGGUUGAUGGAAUUCCAAAUGUGGAAGAGGAAAUUUCGAGUUAUACAACGCUUGCUUACAGGGCGCCUGAAAUGGUCGAUUUGUACAGUGGCAACAGAAUAACCGUGAAAGCGGACAUCUGGGCCCUGGGAUGUUUGCUAUACAAACUCUGCUUUUUCACAACUCCUUUUGGGGAAAGCACCUUAGCCAUACAGAGUGGCAAUUUCACGUUUCCAGAGACCACAAGAUUUUCUGAAAAGAUGUACACCCUUAUCAAAAUGAUGCUGCAUGUUGAUCAAAACAAAAGAGCUGAUAUUUACCAUGUCGCAAACUUUGCCUUUGAAAUGACCGGAAAACCGUGUCCCGUUCGAUGCCCUGAGGGAAAGGAGGUGUCAAUCAGAAAUCAACAAAGAGCAGCCAAGUUACCAACGCCUCCUGCAGAAAAGCAGGACAGUAAUGACGGCAAACUAGUUAAAAGGGCGCCACGUGAAGCUCAACAACCAACAUCAGUCGCAGCCAGCAACGUGCUACAGCAACAUCAACCAAGGCCUGCGCAGCCUGUCUCUACCUCUCUGGCGCCAAGGCAGAGACCGAAAGGCGUUACGAAAUUCUCAUCUGCCAAUGAUACUGCGAAUCCGACUCCAUUUAAGAGCGAACAUAGUGAGGUUCUUAUUCAGCAGCAGCAGCAGCAGCAACAAAGCUCUAGAAAUAACCAGCAUCACCCAUAUGACACGCAUGAAAAGCAUCGUCAUCAAGAACAGCAACAUCAACAGCAACAGCAACAGCAACAGCAACAGCAACAGCAACAGCAACAGCAACACAGAAAUUUUACACCACAACAGCUACAACAUCAACAGCAAUCCAGUAAUCAGAAUGCUGCGAGACAAAUGUUGCCACAGCAGCAUCAUGUCAAACAGCAUGCACAACAUCCCCCACCACACCCACAGCAACUUCAACAACAGCAACAAGUUUUUGAUCAACAGAAGCAAAUGUUUGAGCAACAAAGGCAGGCUUUUCAACAACAACAGCAACGCCAGGCUUUCGAAUUACAGCAACAGCAACAAGCCUAUGAACAGUUUCAGAGGCAACAUCAACAACAACAGCAACAAAUGCAUCUUCAGCAAAUGCAAGAGAGGCAGAGGAUGACAGAAUAUAAACAAUUGUUAGAACAGAAACAACAGCAACAACAACAGCAGCUAGAGCGCCAACGAUAUUUGGCGGAACAGCAAAGACGGCAGCAAGAGUUGCAAAUACAGCUUGGUGCGCAACAGCAACAGCAGCCCCAACUAAAUGUCAAUUUUGAUCGAGUAGACCGGGGGCUUGAUUUCAAUUCCGAUCCUAACAAGUUCAGAAAUUAUCAACAAACACCUAAUGUUCCUCAGUCAGCCCCAAAGAACCCUUUUGAUGAUAAUUUUUCUUCAGGUAAUGCCCCUCCGGAGACCGAUCCCAUUAAGCAGCCGAGUUUAAAUCCUUUUGAUUCGGUUUUUACCGACGUCAGUUUUCCAGUCACUGAAACGAAACCUAAAGAACGGAGUUCGAGUUUUAAAAGCCAUUUUCGUUCACGUAGUGACACAUUUUCUGAUUUGGCGAAAAGAGUGGAAGCCGGUGAUAAGGAAAAUGAUUCAGAGAACUUUUUAUCCGUUAGGGAAACAAUCAGUCCGCACAAAUCGUCCCCGGACGUGAGGCUAGGAGAGGACAAUACGGAAAGUUACCCAGCAAAAUCAAAUGGUGCAGAAACAGACGCGAGAAACCGAGGUACUGGAAACAACAAAACCGAGGAUGGCAUUGUGAAGCUGCCAGAAAACUCACAGGCCUUUCUGCAAAAGUGUGCUAGUUUCCCCGAUUCAAAAACUGCUGAGAAAAUGCUCAUAGACCUCGAGAAACCCUUAAUUUUGAGAUCAGACAAGCGAAACGAUAUCGCAAUUCGUGCUACCAAUAGUGAGCCUUUGUUUUCGACACAAGAUGGCAAUGGAAAAGUCGAGACAGGUAGAAUGGAAGAAGAUGACCCAAAGGAAGAAAAACCGACACUGGACGAAGCUGAUGAAUUUCCAUUGAUUUCCCCUAGUUCAUCGGUACCGGACAGACAAUAUGUUUACACUAGGACGUCUUCAUGCAGCAGCGAUGAGGCCUCAGACAAGUCAAAGGACGAAUCGAGUGAAAACGACACCGACGAAUCAAAGGAAGAAUCAGACUAUGCCAAGAUUCGGUCGCCUUCGUUGUCCUCGCUUGAGGAGACAGUUGAUCAUUUUGAGUUGGAACCGACAGGGAAUGAACGCUCAUUGUCAAAGAAUGCUGCCGAAGAUGUGUUUGGAUCGGCACCGUUUACGAUUGGCGUCUCAAAAAAAUUAGCAAAUAAACCUGCUAGCGCCUCUGUUGAAUUCUCUGCUUCAAAAUCGUCGAAUCACGAAAAGGCCCCUGAGAUUUCCAGUUCGUCAUCUGGGACGAGGUCUGCUACCGGUUCAUUUCAUCCGGAUCCAUUUAAUGUUGCGAGUAAGGGCCGGUCCCCUGAUUACAAGAAGGAAUUGACGGUUGAAGAGAGUACUCUUAGUAGAAGUCCGACCUCGGAAGACCCCUUUGGACAUGCACCUUUUAUUAAAAUAGUCAAACAUAAGCGGCCGCUGUCUAGCCAAGAGUUAGCCGAGAAAAAUAAAGGACGCUCGAACCCGAGAAUUCAUAAUCGCAGACGGAUGCUGCCUAAAACUCCACUGAACGAAUGAUGUCGUGCUCUGUAGUCAAAUGUAAUUGGAAUCGCUAGACUUUUUCACGAAUUGGAUUUUCCUUCUAAGGGUUAGAAAUUCAUCUUUAAAUUUUUGCACCUCUGAUGAUUUAUUUACAUACUUCAUCAAUUGAUAGUUCUCCGGACCCAAAAUGUUCCGGACCCGGAUAAAUAAAUCGUAUAUUUUGAUAUUACCGUUCAAUAUUACCCUAUUACAAACGAUGGAUUCCCUCUUUUCCACUAUGUCCAGUAUCUUAUCUUUAUAUCUCCGAUAUCUAUCUCAAUAAUUUCAUGUCCUUAUAACCUGUUCUGCAGUCAAAGAAAGUAUUCAGUAAAACAUUUUUUUCAAUUGAUCCAAUGAUGCUGGGAGAACCAAUUAUGGAAUAAAUUGUCCUUUUGUUUGUAUCAAUGAUCCUUUUUCCUUUAAAUGAAUUGUUACAUGAUGAAAAAGUGAAGAAGUCAGAUUUAUUUGCACGCCGAAUAUAGGUGACUGAGCGUUUCUGCCCGGCCGAUGUCUUAAAAUAUAGAUUUAACAAGUGUGUUGGUUCUUGCAGCGCCGUAACUGCCUGUCCAAACACUACGUCACAUCUUAGCACUAGACAUAUCAGAAUUACGCUGUCCCGUCUCUUUUCAACUCUUAGCUGCUGCGCUGUGUGUACACAGGGUCUGAAUAUAAUUUUUUUACCCAAGCAGUUAAUCUUCUAUCAUGAAAUGAUAAAGUUAAUUCUUGUGUAAACUAUACUCGCUGUUCAUUCACAGGGCAGCUCACGAAUGGUGUGCAAUCUUUAGAGUUAGGGCUUUAAUAGAGUUGAAUGACGUUUUGAUGGGUUUAGUAAACAUGUACCCUCUUCUAAUAUGAGACAUUUUUUUGGAAUAUUACCCUACAAGAUAUAACUUGCGAUAGAUCUUUUUGCCUGCUAAUUUUUUAUUUCUGAUGAGAGAUUAUGCCCGAAUCAUUUUGUCUUAAAAUUCGUGGCUAUUCAUUUAUUUAGCCGUCGUUUUCUUAUACACCCAAAGAAUUAUUGCCGCACGACAAACUGCGAAUAGGCUUUUGUAAUUUGCCAGAGUUAUGAUUUGUUAUGGACCUUUAAUUUAAAUUUGUUUGAAUUGCAGGAACGUCCCCCAAAAUUCUCCAAAUCUCUUCUCUAUCUUAAAAAAUCACGUCACAUCACAAAUUUUUUUAGCGAUCUGAAAGUUGACUGGCUAUAGAAUUAUUUUUAUAGCUUGAUCAUAAGUUGUUGGUUUAAAGUUCAAAGUGACACUAUAGUUAUUGUUCUGGAACAUUUAGGUCACGAGAGUACAUGUUUACAACCAUCUGUAUUGAUUUAACCCCUUCAUGGUCAGUAGAUAUUAUAAUCAAACAUGGUAUUAGAAGCAAUGAGCCAACUGCCCAAAAAGCAACUUUUAAGGCAGAAUUGUAAUGCAUCAACGAUAAUAUUUUUAUGAAACCUUGAUGUAUUUUUACUAUGAUCGCAGUCAUGGUAAAUUGGGCCUAAUCAAUUAAUUUAUUGAAUGAUUAUUUGACAGGUUACUA